GACGCGAAAAGCACAAAUGCAAUGGCUACCGCCCCAGACUACAAGAAUAUCCCCCACUCGCACCGCCUGCCCGUAAGCCACCGCGAAGUCCAGCGCACCUUCACCAAGCUCUCCCGGCAAUCCCUCGUCUCCCUCGCCCUGCAAUGGCUCAGCAAAAAGAACCGCGACUUCUGCAAGCCCUUCCUCCUGGAAGACCGCACCGACGAGGACAACGACGAGAUAUACGAGCCGGCGCAAAGUUAUGAGGUGCUUCAGGACAUGUACAAGCAGCUGGCGGCGCGCAAGGGCGGCAGGAGAGAGGUCCUCGAUCGCAUACUCGAAGGAGACUGGAGACACGGCAUAUCCAUGUACCAACUGGCAACAGCAGAGAUACAGUACCUCCUCGACCACCCCAAUGCCCUGCGCUGGACAGCGAAGCGCCUUACAAAGAUACCGAAUGCGCGAUCACCGGUAACCGACAUGGAAGUCACAAACGACUCUGACCACCUCCCUCGCUUCCAAGCACAAACCUUCAUGUCGAAUCUUGCAAGGGAAUUGACGCCGCUGAUGAAAGCCCACUACCUCAUCACACGAAUAAAGACUUCGCCAAUGACAAUACUUCGCGUCUACAUACACGAUUCACCGUACAGCAAUGAGGCAUCGCUGGCGGUUGAUUCCAGCAACACGGGCCACGCAAAGGCCGUCUUCUUCAUAUGGCCCAACGGCUCGCCUUUUGUCUAUUCGUCUUUGGCAACACUGACCGGUCAAGUCGUGGGGGAUGAAGGGCGGCAUCUGAGGGAAAUUGUGCAGCAAGCAAUACCCAAGGCAUUCUCGAAGCCUUCUGCACGCUACCAGCUGACCGGCACCAACUUCACGACCAAGUCGCUUGAAGCGCUUUUGACAUAUCGCGGCCCUGGCAAGAGCAAUGCGGCAGCAGGUGGUUGGAGCAUCUUUCAAGAUCACAGUUUUAGUCAGAACGCGCUGGAUUUCAUUACUACACAGAAAGGCGAUCGGCAAGAGAAGCCUUCAAACGACAAAAGCAGCACAAAUGGCGGGACCAAAGCUGGCCCGGGCAGGCCCAAACGACCCUUGGAUAAUAAGGAGUCACCAGAGUCCAAGCGUCGGAAAGAGGUGGCUGCUGGUCGCUUCGGCACUUCAGCCCAGCCAGAUGAUGGUCAGGGGCUCGAACGAGUCGAGGUCCGCAUUGACGAUCCAUUCCCAACUACUUCAAACGGCAGCGACAGCAUACAAACUGACGGCGAGACAUCACGUGUCGAGGCGCAAACAACAAUUCGUUCGCGUCGUGGUCGCCCUUCGCUGCUUGACAGGACCGACCAAGACCUCGAGGAGAUUGAGAACGAACAAGGCUGGGUACCAAACGUGCGCAUUACGUUCCAGGGUACUCAUGUCUUUGCGGGAAUGCGGCAGCUAGUUGAAGAGGGCAUUGUCGAUGGCGAGAAGAUGCCGGGCUGGAUGACUGGCGAGGCGGGUGUGACGAUAGGCUCGGUUAAAGAUGGACGGAUACGAAGCAAGGAUGGAGUGCCGGGUGUGUGACGGGCUCUUUUUCAAACUUUGAAUGCGCGGCGCUGCAGGUGUUUUGCUACUUGGUAUACCCAUCAUGUUUGCGGCGUAUGGCUUUCUUUCUCUUGGGUAGUAGAGAUGACGGUUUCUUAGCCCACUGCAAUCCAGGCAUGUGAAGAGGAGUCACAGUGUUCACGAUGUCUCCCUCACGUGGAUAGCGUGGGCCAUAACUACAGCUGCAUAGCGUGUGCUCUGGCUACAGCCUGGAUAAUUGGAUAGCAUGUGCCCUGAC